CCAUAUUAAUCUUAGCUCCGUCAAUUGCUCCGCUUCAUCUUCUGUCCGCCGUCACAGUCAACCUACAUACAUACAUGAUGGAGCUGAAUCUAGUCACUCGACAACACCGUUUACGUAUGCUGCGCCUGCACCCGCGCCAUGUCACCACACCACCCGGCCGCAUUUAUAAAUUUUCCUAGGAGCCCGAGCCUGGGAGGAUGGCGACCUGCUUAGCUUCUCGACUUUCGAGACCAAUCGUUCGCAACAUCCGUCAUCAUUCCGAGUUGAAGCUUUUGCUGCUCCAAAGGAACAUACAAACAUCAAGCAUGAUGUCUACUGCAUACACUGCAAGCGUUACCAAAACCAACUCAGCUGCCGUCCCUGACGAUGUAGCUUAUCAAUCACACCACGUAAAGGAUAAGCGUGGAAAUCGCACCAAGUUCAGAAAUCCACAUCCUUCUGCCGGCGAAGAACAUAGCGUUGUUGACGUCUUUAGGCGGAUGGGAAAAGCACGCAGGAAUGGCGAAAUGGACAUGCCCUCAACAGCCAACCACAAGAUCCGCGUCAUCGAGCCGACCUUUCUCCCCUCGCGAACUGCCUCGGACCGCCUACGUGCAACCUGGCUAGGCCACGCCUGCUACUACAUCGAAUUCCCCUCAGGCAUCCGCGUUCUCUUCGACCCGGUCUUUGAGACGCACUGCUCGCCGCUGCCAGAGUUCCUCAACUCGGCGUACCGCCGCUUCACCCCUGCUCCUUGCCAGGUGGCCGAGAUACCCAUCAUCGACGCCGUCGUAAUAUCCCACUCUCACUAUGACCACCUCUCCCACCCAACCGUCAAGCAGAUCGCCGCGCGGCACCCGCAGGCCCACUUCUUUGUCGGCCUGGGCCUGGCCCGCUGGUUCAGGAGCAGCGGCAUCGCCAACGUGACCGAGAUGGACUGGUGGGAGGAUGCCGAGCUGCGACUCAAGCCUGCCGACGACGGCCCCUCCUCCUCUCUAGACGCCGCCACGGCGACCAUAUCCUGCCUCCCGUCGCAGCACGCCUCUGGCCGCGGUCCUCUGGACAAGGACACGACCCUGUGGGCGUCGUGGGCCGUCUCGUCAGGCGGCAGAUCCGUAUGGUUCGCCGGUGACACGGGCUACCGCAAGGUGCCGGAGCUGCAGCCGGGCGACGACCAAGACUACUACGGACCGCAGCACGCCUCCCUGCCUCGCAACCCGGACUUUGCCAAGAUCGGCGCGCUCCGCGGGCCCUUCGACCUCGGCCUCAUCCCCGUCGGCGCCUACAAGCCGCGCUGGCUGUGGUCGCAGGUCCACGCGGACCCAUUCGACGCCGUCGAGAUCUUCAAGGACACCAAAUGCACAAGGGCCCUGGGAAAGCACUGGGGCACCUGGCAGCUGACCAGCGAGGACGUCGAAGAGCCGCCGAGGCUGCUUAGGGAGGCUCUCAAGAGGUCGGGGAUUGCUGAGGAGGGGGUCUUUGACGUCUGUAGUAUAGGCGAGUCGCGAGAGUUUUGAGCUUGGGGCAAUUGUAUUAUUAUAAUUGGUGGAGGUGAGUUUCUUAUUUAUAUUUGGGGCGUUGAAAAGUAAUCUCGGUGGAAUAUGCCACUUGCAUAGACUUUGAGGGACGCUCUCUGCAUGGAAGACCUAGAUGCCAAUAGAUAUAGAAUAACAUGCCAGGAAGGGGAGAAAUGAAUGAUAUUUGGGACAAGCCGUCAGUCAUAACGCAUCGCUGGCCAAGGUCGACGCCGCCCUAGACAAAAGAUAUCAACUCACAUAUCAGUAAAUCCCCUGGCAUUACUAUGGAUAGAGGACAUGAUGAGCGUGAGCUGCAGCUCGCACACGACACCAUCGCUAAUGUUUCCUCUCUCGGCCUUCACCAGCAUCCACUGCAGCAUUUCGUCGGACAUCUCCCAUCUCCGCUUGAUGACCGGCAUCAUGAUCUUAUCUGCGUUGUCGCGGUAUAUCUUCACCAGCUUCAGCUCGGGCGUCAACUACUAGCCCAUGGGAACGUAUCCACCGCGGCCACAGCUUGAGCCUUCGGACCGCCCGCAUCAGGCUGUUGGUAACGUGGCGCACGGGGUCGAUGUACUCGGGGGCGUGCGGCUCAGCUCCGGCCCGACAAAGAUGCGGCCCGAGACGGUGGGUGAAGAUGGGCAGAAGCGUGGCCUCGACCUUGUGCAAGACCCAGUCCUCCGUUGCGGGAGUUGCUCGUUGAGGGUCCUUUCCACCUCCUGACAGAGAGCUGGUUUGAUGCGGGUUAAGUUGGGUUUGAGUUCGGACUUGAUGAUCUGCGGAAGGAACCCCGGUUCGCCCUUUGUGUCGAAGCCAGUGUUUUCAGUCUUGAGCCCCCACUUUAGGAGCAGAUGUCUGUCGAAUUCGUCAUCGUUUAGCUGUUGGAGCUAUCACAGGUACCUGAGCGGCAGUAUGACCUUUUCACCGUCGGCCGUGCUCAUGAGAUGGACUGUGUUGCGGAACCUUUUGGUACCCCUGCAAGUAUAUGGUCUCGAAGCUGGACAGGUAGGUACAGCUUCUCCCGGGAGAGAUGGCGCCGUAUCGGGAGUUUUGACAGCAUCCACUUGCGCUGCAGGCGAAGUAUGACACAGAAUGCCAGCAAGAUUGUUGAGGCUAGUGCGAUGAGUGGCGCCCUUUCCAUGUCGACUUAUGAGAAUUGAGUCCACGUUUUCUUUCCAGUUGGCAACCGAUGCCUUGAUGUUAUUACUUGUGUUUUCCUGUAGAAGGUCACUCCCAUUUAUGGCCUUGUAAUUACAAAAUUCCAUCGCUUUAUUGACCCUGAGUUAUGGGAUGAUUUGUUAUUGGCGCCCUUUUUCGAGCGACGAAUCACAUAUUGCUUAUACAAAGCGCUAUUCUUGGUUUUCCGAGGAGUUCUUCUUCGAGUUUAUUGAUAUGUCGAAUUUGCCUGCUGAUCUUUUCGGCAGAAAAGAAAAGCUACCGUUGGGUAUGGAUUUUG